ACGAAUUUUUGCGCAGCCCACUUCAAAACUUUCUCCGACUCCAGAAAUUAAUCCCGUUGUUUCCAGGGAUUUUAUUUUUCAGACUCCACUUGACGGAUCUACGCCUAUUAUUUCUCAUUCAAGUAGUAUCGGGCCGUCUCGGCUCCCAAAAAGCUCAAGUGAAACUCGGAACGUUCUUUCCUCCAAACCUGACCUUGAGAAAAAUCCUCCUGGGAAAUCAGCAACGCAGAAGUCUGUGGAACACCCUUCUCCAUGGCAACUUACGCCGCAAAGGGCCGCAGGUCACACGCCUACACGUCAGGAAGCCACAAAGACUCGUCAUUCUGUCAAUUUUGUUGACAUUGACGGUGCAUAUAGUGAUGAAGAUAGUUUUGAUCAAAUUCCAUUGACUUUUUCGCAAAAUCGCGUUAGUUCAUGGAUCCGCCAUGGCAUCCAAAAUAUAGGUCACUACAUUCCCCUUAGUCCAAAAGCCUCGGAAUUUAAAGCACCAUCCUCCCUUGCAUUUGGAUCCAAUUUGGCCCAGUGCGAUUCCCACUUUGAUCGGAAAGCGAGUCCAAGAAUCUCGCAGGCAAAUAGGUAUGAGGGCAGGAUUGAUGUUUCUGAUACAGACCAUUCGGACGCAGAUAACAGGCUUUCUUCCUUUCGCAGCCUAGUUCAGCGUUCAUUUGG